AUGAAGCUUGAUGAGUUGAGAAAUAAUGGUUGGGAUGAUUUUAUCAAAAGUGUGCUAUCAUUUUGUGAACAACAUGACAUUAGUUUACCUGAUAUGAGUGCUCGUCAUAAAAUGGGUAGAGGUCGUUCUUGUCAACAACACGAUUCUAUUACAGUUGAGCAUUAUUUUAGUAUUGAUGUAUUUAAUGAUGUAAUAGAUUUUCAGUUGGUAGAGUUAAAUACUAGAUUUCCAGAGCAAGCCGUGGAACUUCUUUAUCUUACCUCAACAUUGGAUCCCCGUGAUUCAUUUAAGCAGUUUAACAUUGGUGAUAUAUGCAAUCUUGCUGGGAAGUUUUAUCCUCAGAUUUUACUACCACUGAGUCACAGGCUUUACAUCAACAGGUUAACACACACCUACCACUUGAUUGAUAGAUUGAUUCGUUUAGUGUUAAUUCUUCCGGUUUCUACAGCAACAACAGAACAUGCAUUUUCUUCUAUGAGACUUAUCAAAAAUCGACUUCAGAACAAGAUAGAGGAUGAGUUUCUUGCUGAUUGUUUGAUACUUCACAUUGAAAAAGAAUUUGAUGAUAGUAUCAAUAACGAAUCAAUAAUUAGUGAUUUCAACUCUUCGAAGCCUAGAAGGGUGCAACUCAAAUAG